CCGUCUGUUUUCGUACCCUUUCUCCAUCCUCAUUUCUCUUUCCCAAUUUCUUCCUUUGGCUCUUUCAUUCGAUGGGGUUCAGCGACGAAGCGAGCUCCUCCGGCUACGGCCUCGACGCAUCGGGGCCGCUCCUCCCGCCGGUGGGCGGCGGACACCCCGGCUCGCUCUCGUCGCAGACGAAGACGUUCGCCAACGUCUUCAUCGCCAUCGUCGGCGCCGGCGUCCUCGGACUCCCCUACGCCUUCCGUCGCACCGGCUGGGCCGCAGGCGUCAUCCUUCUCCUAUCCGUCGCCGUCCUCACCUUCCACUGCAUGAUGCUUCUCGUCCGCAUCCGCCGCCGCAUCGACCCAGAUCGAUCCGCGAAGAUCGCCUCUUUUGGCGACCUCGGAUUCGCCGUCUCCGGAUCCGUCGGCCGCAUCGCGGUCGAUGUCAUGAUCGUGCUCAGCCAGGCCGGGUUUUGCGUCGGCUACCUCAUAUUCAUCUCCAGCUCCCUCUCCCACCUUCUUCCCCUCUCCUUCGCCUUCCUCUCCUCGAAAGCGGUGUAUGUCUUCGCCAUGUUGCCGUUCCAACUAGGCCUCAACUCGAUCAAAACCCUAACCCUCCUCGCCCCGCUCAGCAUCUUCGCGGACGUCGUCGACCUUGGGGCCAUGGGCGUCGUCAUCGUUGAAGAUUUUUCCAUCUUGUUCUCCAACCCCCCACCCCUCCACGCGUUCUCCGGGCCCUCCGUCCUCCUAUACGGAGUCGGCGUCGCCGUCUAUGCCUUCGAGGGCAUCGGAAUGGUCCUCCCCCUCGAGGCUGAGGCCGCCGAGAAGUCCAAGUUCGGCCGCACUCUUGCCGUCUCCAUGGGCUUUAUCGCCCUAAUCUACGGCCUCUUCGGCGCGCUCGGCUACGCUGCCUUCGGGGAUGAGACCAGGGACAUCAUCACCACUAACCUCGGCGCCGGAGUUCUCACGGUGGUCGUCCAGAUUGGCCUCUGCAUCAACCUCUUCUUCACCUUCCCGGUGAUGAUGAACCCAGUGUUUGAGGUUGCGGAACGGUGGGUCUGCGGGAAGAGGUACUGCUGGUGGCUCCGGUGGCUAGUGGUUCUGGUGGUAAGCCUUGUGGCCACUCUUGUGCCCAACUUUGCGGACUUCCUGUCUCUAGUCGGGAGCAGCGUGUGUGUGAUACUAGGAUUCGUGCUGCCUGCGGCCUUCCAUCUGAAGACUUUCAACUUCGACCUGGGCUGGGCUGAAGCUGCUUCUGACAUUGCUAUAGUUGCUAUCGGGAUGGGACUAUCCAUUUCCGGCACCUGGUCUUCUUUCAUGGCCAUCUUCAGCUCUGUGGAAGUCUGAACUCUGUGAGUUCGUGCCUAGCAACACAGUUAUUGAAGAUUUAAGUCCAAAUUCUCAUUAUUUACGAGAUGAAGAAGAAGAAGCAGAAUGGAACACUGGAAAGAAUCUCAGAUUCUCACGUAUUAAUUGAGGAGAAGAGAAUUCAAGAAAAAUAUCGCUUCGAAUUCUUUUUAUGAACUAGAUAUCUGUUGAAAAUCGAAUAAGCUUGUAAUCUGACUUUAUGUUGUAUGGAAAAUCUUGUGAUUGAUGCAUGAUUGAUUCAAGCUAUGAACUAUUUACCCUCAAUGUUUUAGUGUAAGACUGGAGAAUCUGUUUUAUCAGUAUUAAUUACUAUCUGAUCUAUUA